AUUCGACCGCCAGCUAUCGGUCCGCUUUAUCAACCCUGCCCCAUUACUAUCUGCUCUUCCUCGAUCACGUUUUGAAGUUGAUCGCAGGGAUGCAAAGACAUGUGUAAUGACUGACAGACGACGAAUUAAUGGGCCGCCUAGCGGCACGAGGCCUGUGGUUUUCGCCUCUUCUCUCAAAUCCGCCUCUGGCGCAGUCGCAGAAAGACCGCGGCGUCAUCGGCAACCAAAUGAGUUGCGCAAGAUCUUCCUGAAGACGGGAUUGAUUCCUUCGGCCUCCGGUUCCGCAUACCUUGAAUACGAACCGUCCGCUUCUCUCGCUGCGGCUCGGUCCUCGCCUCAGUCUUUGAUUCCUCCCUCUUCAGCGUUGAAGCUCGCAUGCACCGUUCACGGACCGAAGCCAUUGCCCCGCUCGGCGACCUUCUCACCAAAUCUUGUCCUCACCACGCACGUCAAAUAUGCACCAUUCGCCGCUCGUCAACGGAAGGGACACAUCCGGGACGCUAGCGAACGGGAUCUGGGCGUUCACCUCGAGACUGCGCUCCGGGGUGUGAUUGUCGCGGAACGGUGGCCGAAGAGUGGUCUGGAUAUCACAAUCACUAUUCUCGAGGCCGAGGACGAUCGGUGGUGGGGGGAUGCGCCUGAUUCGCACGACGCUCCGUGGGGCAUGAUGAACGUACUGGCCGGAUGUAUUACCGCGGCAUCUGCAGCCAUUGCUGACGCUCGGAUUGACUGUUUGGACUUGGUGGCUGGAGGUGUGGCUGCCAUCGUCCGAGACGAGGAAGCUACCGAGGAAGGAGCCACAACGCCUGAACUCAUGCUGGAUACGGAUCCAGCCGAGCACAAGUCCAUUCUGUCGGCAUGCGUGGUCGCUUACAUGCCUGCUCGGGACGAGAUCACCGAGAUCUGGCUCAAGGGCGAUCACUCGAAGGCUGCGUUGGGGGUGGAGGACAGCAGUCUGGGUCAUGAAGCGCUGAUUGAAGGAGCCGUCAAUGCCGCGCGCGGGGCUCAUACGGUUCUUGUGGAGGCAGUCAGAGAGUCGGCUGAGCGGUAUGCUGGGCUGGUGACAGGCGACUCAGGUAGAAAUUAGAUGCAUUAAUGAAAUAAAAAGCAAUAUAAUGCCCUGAUUGUGUUUUAACCACGAUAUGUCCUAG